CCGUCAGUCCCGGAAGAAGGAAGAGGUUUUAACAGAAGGGAGGACGGUUUGUUGACAAGCGUAAAUCUCACCCAGACCCACUGGAAAGUUUUUACCCACGUUAGUGUCACCGCCCGUAGCGUCACAUUUGGACUGAGUCGGAGCUCUCAAGGUAACGUAUGGAAUAUGGCCGCAACUGAAACGCAGUUUAUGUUAAGCGUCGGAUUGAUCGAGAAAGAUGUGAAUGGAGACACUCUGUGGGUGUGGUGCUUCCCCUCUGUGGCUUCAGACCUGAGGAAAGUCCUGCUCAGCAAGUGCUGCCUGACCCAGGACGCCCGGGACUUCCACACCUUUGUGUUCGGCCAGUUCUGCCGCACCUGGUACUACAUCACAACCGUGGAGGUGCAGGAACCCACAGCGCUAAACAAGGUCACCCAUUUUUCAAUAGUAGUUACAGCGAAAGACUUCAACCCUGAGAAGUAUGCUGCACUUAGUCGAAUACUCUGCAGGAUGUACAUCAAACACGGCAGCCCGGUGAAGAUGAUGGAGGCGUAUGUCACCGUCCUCACUAAAGGAAUGUGCCAGAGUGAUGAAAAUGGCUCAUUUCUUAUUAAAGAUUAUGAUGUUCGUAAAGCGUACUUGGCUGGUUCCGUUAAAGAUGUGGUGUCUCAGUUUGGUAUGGAGACCAUAAUCCUGUAUACCGCCCUCAUGCUGAAGAAGAGAAUCAUCGUCCAUCACCCUCGGAUCGAAGCACUGUUGGAGUUUACAAGAGUGCUGCCGACUCUGACGUGGCACAGGAAGGACUGGUCCAUCCUGCACCCGUAUGUGCACCUGAGUGAUCCUGAACUAGAGGAUCUCAAGAAAUGCCCCGGAUAUGUAGCAGGUUUUGUGGAUCCGGAGGUGAGCAACAGAUUGGAUUUGUUCGAUGUGUACGUGAACCUGCCAGACGGCGUCAUCACGGUAUCCCAGAGUGCCAAAGAGUCUAUGGCGAUGGGGAAGUUGCACAAGGACAUCGGCCACCUUAUUGUCCAGUCUGCAGAGGACGCCGAGAGGUCAGAUAGUCAGGUCAUUAAGGAUAUUUCUGUCAAGACAAAAGAGAUCCUUGCCAACUUAAUGGCCCUUGCUGACAAAUGUGAAGACUCUAAAAUCACACUGGAAGGUUUAAAGCAGCAUCAUUUCCCUCCGGCCACAGAGAACUUCCUCUUUCAUUUGGCGGCUGCUGAGCAGCUCUUACGGAUAUAAAACGGUUGUCAAAUGUGAAAUGGCCACAGUGGUCAGUUUAGAGUCAUCAACAAAUGUGUAUUAAUCAAACGCUGAAAAUAGCUCUCAGCAAAUGCACUGUUUGAGAUUACAUUUACUAAAAAUGAUAAGUGACCAGCCGUUUUUAGAAAUGGCCGGUCUUUUUGUUUAAAAUGAGAGCACAUAUUACUGUCUUGUUUGCCUUCAGCGUGAACCCGUGAGCUCGGAGUCACAGGCGGAUGAGCUGCUGCUCAUUUGACUGUUUUGGACUGUCAGCAAAUCAAAUUAAAGUCCUAGAUAAUGCUUGCUUUGUCCUCUAAUAACGAGCCAGUGUUUGUCGCUCUCAUUGGGAACAUCUGGUGCGUUCCAGAUGUAAGCUCUCACUCCACAGUGCUCACACGCAUCAUCCAUGCGUACCUGCGCCCCUCAUAGUACACAGUGACCAGCUGAAACGUCUGCGGUGUAACAAACUGCAUUAUGUGGGUAUCAGAUCACAACUGCAAUAGCCAUUUUUUUAAACUGUCAUUUUGUAUUUUACUAUUGACACAAUUACAAAAAAGGUGUUUGUUCUUGAACUUUUAUACGGUGAAUAACUUUCUCAUCAAUCUGCAGCUGAUCAAAUAACAACUGGUGCUUCCGUGUC